AUGUAGUGGCUGAUAGUGACUUAACAGUAUAGUAUUUUUGAAGUACUUAACAUAAUGCUCAAUGAUUUAUCAUUUUUUAGAGGAACAUCGGAGUUCUGUUUAUGUUUCUUUAAUAUACAGGCAAGUUAAAUAUCAAUAUAAAACAGAAGUAUUUUUAGAUUGAAUGUUUAAGUAUUCUGCUGCAUUUUUAAAUUGUAUCUAAAUUGCAUGAUCAGAGUGCUGGGAUAAAUACAAAAUUAAGAUCAGAUUGUUCACGUUAAUGCCAGAUAAAUUGCAUAAGAUCUAACAAUAAGGGGUUCAUUUAAUGAUUCGAUUUGCUAUGUACAGUAAUGUAGCGGAAAGAUAAGCAGUAUAAUUAUGACAUUUGUGUGAGGUUGCAGCAGGCACUAAUUUUAAUUUACUUAAUUCAAUUCUGACAUCCUCCUUAAACUGUUUACAGUACAAACUUCGUUUUUUAUAGUGGUGAGUUCUUCCUCUGAUAGGAAUGGUGUCUUUUAGUUACUUCAUGCGAUGUUGUAAAAGCUUUCAAUGUUGCUGCGAAUCAGACCAAAGUUAGAAAUUAAACAGAUCGAUCUUACGCCGAGAUGGAUUUCACCGAGGCGUAUUCCGAUACCUGCUCGGCUGUUGGCAUCGCUGCGAGGCAGGGGAACGUGAAGUUGUUGAGAAAGCUCAUUAAAAAAGGUUACAGCAUCGACAUAUCCGACAACAGGGGAUGGAGCUCUAUACACGAGGCAGCGUUCAGUAACUCCCAUAAAUGCUUGAAUAUACUAAUUCAAGCUGCUGAUUCCGUCAGUUUUGUGAACUCGCGGACCUAUGAAGGAGAGACAGCCCUGCACCUGGCUGCAAGGAGGGGACAUUGUGUCAUUGUGGGGCGGCUCCUGGAGGCAGGAGCUGAAGCCAACCAGGUUACUAAUGAAGAGACAACCCCCCUGUUCUUGGCUGUGCAGAACGGUCACACAGAUGUUGUGAAGCUGCUGGUGAGCCGAGGAGCUGAUGUCAAUGGGUCCCAGUCGCUGUGUGGGUGGAAUUCUCUACAUCAAUCUGCUUUUCAGGGGUUCUCUGAGGUCAUGAAGAUCCUGCUGGAGAAAGAUGCUGACAUAGAGAUCAGGGAUGAUUUUGGAAUCACGCCGCUGUUCAUUGCUGCUCAGUAUGGGCAGCUUGAGUGCCUGAAGAGUCUAGCAGACUGUGGGGCAAAUGUAAACUGCCAGGCCAAGGACAAAGCCACACCUCUGUUCAUUGCAGCCCAGGAGGGACAUCUGGGCUGUGUGGAGACCCUGCUGUCCUACGGUGCUGAUCCCAACCUCUAUUGCAACGAUGACGCAUGGCAGCUGCCUAUACAUGCAGCUGCACAGCAUGGGAGAGACAAGAUCCUGGAGUUGCUUAUUCCUCUGACAGAUCGGAUGUGUGAUAUGGGGAAGGGGAAAGUGAGUCCUGUUUAUUCUGCGGUGCUAGGAGGUCACACAGAGUGUUUGAGGAUUCUGCUGAGAGAAGGCUACAGCCCUAAUGCCCAGGAAUGCUUGGUGUUUGAGAUCUUAUCGCCACUUUGUUUAGCAAUUUCUGAAAGUUACAUGGAAAUGGCUCUAGUUCUCCUGAGCUCUGGGGCCCGCGUGCUGGAGCGUCACUACAUUGCCUGCUUGGAGGAGGAGCACCUGUCUCUCUUCAGCUCACUACUGGAACAAGGAGACCCCCUGCCUUCGGGAGAGCACCUGGAAGGCUUCCUUGCAGCCUGUGUGUCCGCUCAACGGCGCUCUCCUGAGUGGCUUCCUGAACUGCUGCUUGCAGGAUUUGAGCCGGUGCAUCUUCUUAGUGAAACAUGGACUGCUUCUGUAACGGACGAUGCACUUAAUUUUGCUUUGGAGUUCACUAAUUGGAAGCGGCUUCCUCCAGCUGUAAAACAGACCUUGUCCAACCAUGCUGAAAACUCCACCUGGGUUCAGCCCGGGCAUUUUGAAUCUCUUCCUUCCUUGUGCCAUCUUUGCCGGCUGGAGAUCCGGUCUCGUCUACAAAGCGAGCGGAAGUGUUCACGCCACUCUAUUCGCCAGCUCCCACUUCCUGUUUGCCUGCAGGACUUCCUGUUGUACUCCGACGUCUGCCGAGCAUAUCAGAUCCCAGUCCGAAGAUCUGACCAGGAACACAGUUAAACCAAAAACCAGGACCACUGAAUCCUGGACAUGUGAUCAAGUUUUCAGUUGUAAUAUCCCACUUAACACAAUCUGGAUUAAUUUUAUUGCUUCGUAAACAAUUUGAUAAAUAGUUAUUGUUGAUGUAAAUGUUUCCAACGUCAUAUUUGUAUUUGUUUUUCUUUGUUAAGUUGGUUUUAUGUAUCUAUAUAGGUAAAAGAAUUUGAGUCAAACAAGGGUACACAUUAACCUGUCUGAUGGCCUGUUUAAAUUAUUUUGUAUUUUGUUUAAGUCUUCUUCUUAGCGAUAUAAUUCAUUUUAAUUGUGUCAGAUACUUUUUUCAGUUUUUGUUUUCCCACAGUGCGGUGUCUGUGUGUCUUUUUGAUAGAAAAUUAUCUCAGCGUUUUAUGUAAUACACAAAUAUGUCUUUAAAAUGAAAUUUGUUAUUCUCCACAAAUAUGAUUAGUGGGUACUGUAAUUUCUAGUGAUUGUCAAAGGAAAUAGAUAUAUGCCAGAUUAAAUGUUUUCCAAACUGG